AUGUUGGUCUCCCUGACCGUUGGGAAGGUCGAUGCUGGCGUUGCAGUCCUUCUCACGGAAGAUAAUCGACUGAUCGAAUUCCCGUCUGUCCUUUUGCCGAGGAAUAUUACAUCUGGAAGCAUAGUCGACAUCACUGUAUCUCCAAACGAAGCAGCCGAAGCCGCGGAUCAAGCUGCAUCCAAAGCUCUACAGGACAAGAUCCUUAAUACCUAUGGAAUCAAUACACCUUCUCCCCCUGAAUUACGACUGAAGAAUGCGACACAGACCUCCGUGGUAUUGGAAUGGGACCCAAUACAGCUAGCUACCGCCUCGCUUAAGUCCUUGUCCCUCUACCGCAAUGGCUCAAAAGCAGGAUCCAUUCCACGGCCGCUCGAAAUGCUCAGCACGAAAAUAAGCGGCCUUGCGAUUGAUACAGAAUAUACUUUCCAACUCAUCCUUCGUACCUCCGCCGGAAUGUUUAGUUCCGAGAAACUAGUCUGUCGAACUCAUAAAAUGACAGAUUUAUCUGGAAUUACGGUUACUGCAGGAAUUCUCCCUGACAAUUUAAGAGAGUCUCUCGCAAAUGCAGUGGAUAGAAUUGGAGGGAAGCUUAUCGAUACGGUUCGUAUUGAUACGACGCACUUUGUCUGUACGGAGGGUAGAGGCCCAGCCUGGGAGAAGGCAGUUGAGAUGAACAUACCUGUUGUCCGCCCGGAGUGGGUAGAAGGGUGUGAACGUGAAGGCACUAUCGUGAGUGUGAGAGGUUACUAUUUGAAUGCCGAUCCGAAAUUACGACAGAUUGGCCCAGGAGUUGGCGCACAACAAAAUAAGAAAAAUUCAAUCUUGAGCUUACCAACACAUGGGCGACAAAAUAGUAUGGCUACAUCUCGGUCAUCACCCGAGAAUAACCAAAACCCCCCAGUUACACCAUUCCCCGGCGGGCCCAGAAGUGAGGUUCCUAACGGCCUGAGACCAGAAGGCGGUUCACCACCACCUCCACCACCAAAAGGUGACAACAACGGGUCCUCAAAGGAUCUUCCUAGCCCUCCAGUAUCCAAAGAUGACAACGAAGAGGAGGAAAAUGGAAAAGAUAAUGAGACAAGGGAGAAGAACCAUAUAGCGUCUGAUGAUGAUGCAGCAACAAAUGAUGAGGAUGAUAGAAAACCAACCAAUGGGCAGCUACAUGAGAAGUCUCCAGCUUCUCGCCCUGCCUCAGAUGAUACGAGAGAUGAUACUGAACUUCAAUCACCGGCCCCGGACGCAGAAGCCUCUAAAGAAUCAGGGAGCGGAAAAAACACUAAAGGAGCCAGCACAGAUGAAGCAGAGAUGGAAGAAGUGACACUAUGA